CUACGGUGCUGCUGCGGUCUUACCCCCAAGAUGAACCCCAAAGCUUACCAAGAUUUUUGAAACCGUGACACAAGCAACACAAAUCUCGUACAAAGCUCGCCGCAUAUUAGUCUGGAUGAAUUGCUUUCCGUUGUAUCCGCUUCACCUAACAGUCCUCACUAACAUGAUAACAUCCAUAGUCAAGGCCUUUAGUCCUAGGCCUGUCCCGUGCGCGGUAUCGACAUCUCCUUGUCUCAGUUUGUUCCUCAAGCUUAUGCCUGUUGGGAUAACCUCCAAGCCCAGUCUUUCUCUGCGAUCCUGCAAUGCUGUCCGAGUGUUGGGACCCACGUCUUCCGGGCCCGUGUAAUCACUACCGUGCCAAUUGACUUGUUCAUCGGACAGUAGCCCGAACCCCAACGCGCCUUAGCCUUCGCGAAUCCGUACCGAAUGCCCCGAAGGCGGCGGAUACAGAGAAUCCCAAAGAAAAAGGCCGCAAACGCUGAGCUCAGUCCAGGUGCCAGGUGCACUCUCAACCAAACGAGUACCACAGCGCGGUAUAAGCGCCGAAUCAACUCAUAGCCUCACCAGUGUCCGAAGUCGCUCAUGACGAAACAGCCAAGGGGAUCAUGAGACAGAAUUUAAGCCUCAGACUGGCCAAGCAAUACCCGCUUCAGGAUGCCUCAGCCUGCUCCAGCAGCUGGAUAACUACCUUAGUUUAAAGGGACAACAAGACGAUGCCGUUGAACCACGCUCGGCUCAUAGAGGCUUGAAAGAUGAAACCCCCAUCGGAGAUACAACAUUUAAUAUCGGGAUAAAAGGCAAUAUUCAAGUUUCGCUUGCUUCGAUCCAUAUUAGCCGCCAAAUUCUGCCGCCGAAAUUAUCUUGAGAACGGAUCAAGUCGUCCAUUUUCACCCAUCGCAUGAACCUGAAAUUAAACUAUCCGAGCAUUCAUCCAGCCUCUCAAACAAUAGGUGCGGAUACACAUUUUGAUCAAGUUCCUGAACUUGCCAUGCGCUAUAUUACAACAUUGGCCCCCACCCCAAGGUAAAAAGAGCCACCGUGACUACCGGCUCAUUGAAUGUUCAAAACUCACAAUAACCCCCAAGAACCAAUGUUAUCACGAAAAGUAUGCAUGCACCAUGAUAUUGAGGUUUCUCUAACUUGCCCGUCAUUGCCCUGAAAUCUUUCGGAUUGGCCGGUAGCUUUCUCUUCAAACAAAAGGUCUGAGACAACGUCAAGUCCGUCAGCUUCCGAGCCGAGGAAUCUAUAUGCCAUAGGAUUUCAUUAUCCGAAGAGGCUCUAUCCGACUGACGCUGAAGACGUAGGCUGCACAUCACCCACCCCAGCUCGUGGGGGUGAAUGUUUUUUAAUACAAGCGACAACGCCCAUUGUGCCAGCUAUCGCGACCAUGGCAAAUGAGGAUCCGAGGUUUUCAUGAUAUCUUGAUCCAAGAAAGUAAAACUAGGCCUAGGAAUUUGAAUUUCAAGCCUUACAAUUGAACCUAUAUGGCUUGAGAUGAUGUUCACCUGAGCUUAUCUAAUGAGAAGGAAGAUCUCGCAGGGCACGUGAUGUUCAAGUCCCACUUAAUUGAGGCCGUUUUCUGGAGAACGAGGCUAGAGCGAAUCGAAGAAGACCAUCAUAAGAUCCAUUUUCUUCUAUACAACAGUUACCAUCAUAAUCGCAGUCGCAAUCACGUCGCACCGCCGCAAAGUACCGCUGAGCCCUAUCGAUAAAGCUGUUGACGCUGGGAAUCUCUUGAAAGAGGAACUUGAGCAGAAUUUGGCUCAAGGUACGUUUUCUCGCAAACACUACACCGCUUCCUCGUAUAUCCGCUUGUAUUCAUCAUGGCGUACCCUCCUCCUCCAGGCAUCAGCAGCAACUCUCUCCCACUGAGACCGCCCGCCUCCAAGUCAGGCUUCAAACCCGCGUUUUCCUCAGCGGCCCAGGCUGCUUCGAAGCCAGCGUACUCGAACGCUCCGCCGACGUACUCCGGCCCUUCGAGUUACUCUGCUCCCAAUGCCCCAGCGGCAAAUCAGUAUGGCCCAUCGUACUCUUCGUACCCGACUACUGCUCCCGGUGCGGUGAACUCGGGUCCCGCAUAUUCGUAUCCUCAACAACCACAGAGUUACAGCACCCAGAACUACGGCGUACAAAGCUAUGGCACUCAGAGCUACGAACCGCAAAGCCAUGGCGCAGCACCACAGAUUGCGAAUCCAUUCCCUACGCCGGGCGCUGUGGGGACCGACUACAACCCCGAGAUGGCCGCUCAGAUAGCGCAAUGGCAGAGCGCAUAUUCGAGCACCCCGACAGAUAGCAAGGAUAAGGCCCCUGGGUUUGCCGGGCCUCGAACAGAUGGCCAAACCUCUGCUGCCGCGGCAGCUACCACUGCGAACCAUGAGCGAAAGAAGACCGUCAUCCGAGAAGGUGGUGGUAAAAAGUGGACAGAUGACAGUCUUCUCGAAUGGGACCCCUCCCAUUUACGACUCUUUGUCGGCAAUCUUGCUGGCGAGACCACUGACGACGCCCUUCUCAAGGCUUUCUCGCGCUGGCCAUCUGUACAAAAGGCCCGCGUCAUUCGUGACAAGCGUACAUCCAAGUCCAAGGGUUACGGCUUUGUCAGUUUCAGUGACGCUGACGACUUUUUCCAAGCCGCCAAAGAAAUGAACAACAAAUACAUUCAGAGUCACCCUGUAACGGUUCGCAAAGCCAACACCGAAAUCAAGGUAGCCAAUGUCAAGGAGAAGGAUAGACAUGGAAAGAAGAAUAAAAAUAAGAAGGGUGGCCACGGCGGUGGAAAUCAUGGGGCUGGCUAUGAACCCAGCUUAGGGCCCAUGGGUGGUAAUGGAGUGGUCAAGCCUGGACAAAAGACCAAGAAUGGCCUUCGCUUGCUUGGCUAAGCGUUUGGCGAACUAUUCGACCGAGCAAGGGUUGCGUUUUGGUGUUUGGUGUUUGCAGAGGCAUCGUACAGACCUGGUUUAAGUGUAUUAAUUCCAUGAAGAAUAUCCGGUACACCAGGGCGUCUAGGUUCAUUUGCAUUGCAAUGUUAUAAACUUGAUCAUGUAUCAUGUCGAUCAAAUCCUUUUAAAAAGCCGCAGGCUUAGUUUUACCCUCCACUUGUGGCUUGAAUGUUGGUAUUGACCCAGAAAGGUACCAGUCUAUGCAACACUCUAUGCAUAUUAUCUGGUCAGAAAACUGGGCAAGUGGAUUAUGUGUAGUAUCUGGGUAUAUUGAUAUUCUUGCUCUUCUAAUAUCACCAUGUAUCGAGGAAAUUCCCAGCCUAGAUUCUAUUCCCA